AUGGGGGGUGGUGUCCUGCUUGCUGUUAAAAAGUGUCUUAGAUCUGAAAUUAUUCUUACUUCUAAUGAGAACGUGGAGGAUUUAUUUGUCUUAGUCCGUGGUACUAAAAGUGUUUUGUUCGGUGCAGCAUACAUGCCUCCUUUGCUUGGUGUUGAGUAUUUUGAGAGUCAUUGUUCUAACUUUGAACAUGCCAUGGUAUCUGUCAAGCCGGACUAUGUGGUCAUAGCCGGUGAUUAUAAUUUAGGAAAUUGUGUGUGGGUGAAUGACGAUUUGGGUGUUGGUCUUAGUGGUGUGAAUGAUUUGCGUGCUCAAGCUCUUGUUGAUACCUUCGGGUUUUAUGGUCUUCACCAGGCAAAUGCAAUGGAGAAUGUUCAUGGCAGAGUAUUGGACUUAGUUUUCACGCAACAACACGAUACCGUGGUUGAUUGUGCGGUUGAUGUUCUUUCUAAAUUGGAUGCGCAUCAUCCUGCACUUUCGUUUACUUGCAAGUUCUUCAGUAAUGUAUACAAUGAGUAUGAGAUCACUGCAUAUGAUUUCAGGAAUAGCGAUUUUGAUAGUUUGAAUGUCUAUUUCAGUUCAAUUGAUUGGGUUAAUUCGUUGCCGGUUGAUGCUUCUGUUGAUGUUCUGGUGGAUACUCUUUACAAUUGUAUUUACGAGGCUAUUUAUGUGUUUGUUCCUAAAAGACGUUUGAAGAGAACUAAAUUUCCUGUAUGGUAUUCACACGACUUGAGGCAGCUUGUAUUGGAGAAGAAAAAAUUUCAUAAGAAGUUCAAAAUAUCUAAGUCUUGGGAUGAUUAUCUUGUGUUCUGUAAUCUGAGAGCCCAAUGUAAGUCGCUUGCAAGUUCCUGUUACGCCUCCUAUGUUGAUCGGGUGGAGGGCCAUAUAAAGAAUAAUGUCAAAGCCUUUUGGAAUUUCGUUAACGGAAAGCGUCGUGAUAACGAUAUUCCUUCUGAGGUCAUGUAUGGUGAGAGAUGGCUCAACAGUGAUCGGGACAUUGCAAAUGGAUUUGCAAAUCAUUUCCAGUCAGUUUUUGCUGCGGCCUCUUAUUCACCUUCUGGGAUGACGGAGGGCGACUCCACUUCUGGUUGUGAUGUGGGUGGUAUCUUGAAACUUGAAUUGACCGAGGUUCUGCAAAAACUUAAUAGCUUGGAUAUUAAUAAGGGUCCUGGUCCGGAUCAGAUUCCCACUAUUUUUUUUACGCAGAUGUUCUUCAUCCCUGGCUUUACCUCUUCAAAUUGUCUUCAACAGAUCCCUUGA